AUGGAAAGCAGUGCACAGACGAGAUUGGGAUGUGUUUAUGGGCACCUGUUGUCUCCACUUGAAGUCAAUAAUGGUCUCUCCCAGGUUUUAAUAAAUGGUGGGCAAAGAGGAUAUGAGGAGGAGGGAGAUCCAGUAGUUAUAGGAGGCAUGGUAUUGGAUAUACAUGCCACCCCUUCGCUCCCUCUAAAUCCUAGAACCACGACUCCUGGGAAGGUCCAUUACGUACUGGGAGGUGUAGCAAGGAAUAUUGCCGAGUGUAUGUCAAAGCUAGGAACUAAGCCUUAUAUGAUUAGUGCCCUGGGAAAUGACAUGGCGGGGAAGUUGCUGUUGGAGCAUUGGAAUUCUGCGAGCCUAUCCACAGAAGGCAUUAUGAAGCACCAAGAUAUCAAGACUCCAGUCAUUUGCAACAUAUUUGACACUGAGGGAGAGUUGGCAGCUGCUGUUGCUAGCGUAGAAGCAGUUGAAAAAUUCCUCACUCCUUCAUGGAUUCAGCAAUCAAAAUGCAAUAUAUCUUCUGCUCCUGUCAUGAUGAUCGAUGCAAAUCUAAGUCUUCCAGCUUUAGAAGCUGCUUGCCAACUGGCUGUAGAAUCCAACAUCCCUGUUUGGUUUGAGCCUGUUUCAGUGGCUAAAUCUAGAAGAGUUGCCUCGGUUGUCAAGUAUGUGAGUGCUCUGAUAUUUUCACUUACUCAUGAUGCAUCAUCAAUUAUUUUUAAGAGUGCUUUUGAAGUAACUUUUGCUUCACCCAAUGAGGAUGAGCUUAUCACCAUGGCAAAUGCUUUGUCUUGUGAAAUUAUGUUUCAUCCAAUUGAAAGGGAUACCAACAGAAAGUGUUCAGUGGAGUCUUUGUUCCAGUUGUUGAAACCAGCAAUCUUGGUUUUGCUAGAGAGGGGCAUCAAGAUAGUUGUCGUGACCCUUGGUGCAGAUGGAGUUUUCUUAUGCUCUACAGGACCAAACUUAAUGAGAUUUAGUUCGGGUAGAACCAAAAAGUAUGGUUUCAGUGGACAAUUAUAUGAUAAUGUUACAUCUGGCUGUCCUUCAAGCAGAUUUUCUGGUGCUAUGCAGAUCAACAGACGCUCCAAUCUUUUUGCUGUACAUUUUCCUGCACUUCCUGCAUCAGUUUUGAGGCUAACAGGGGCUGGUGACUGCUUGGUUGGUGGGACACUUGCUUCUAUCUGCUCAGGCUUAGAUGUUAUGCAGAGCAUUGCAGUCGGUAUGGCAGCAGCCAAAAAUGCUGUGGAGGGAGAGGCGAAUGUGCCUUCAGAAUUUAGUUUGGCCACAAUUUCAGAUGAUGCGAGGUCCAUAUAUUCGGCUGCCAAAGUUUUGCUUCAUCAAUCGAUGCUUUAG